UCCCUGUUACAUAUAGAAGAGCCGAGACCAAACCGAGCCAUAUAACAAGCUGGGAUUUAAAUUAACAGGAGGACAGACCUCGGUGGAGUAAUUUACACAUUAGCUUCAGACGCGUGGACUCCGGUACGCUGUAUGAUACGGUUGCAGACUUCGCUACGUUUGUAACCGGAAUUCCAGGGAAUUGUCGGCCAUAUUCAGCGAUACCACGCCCGAAGCGGAGCCGCUAACACGGGAGGAACACCGUUCAUGCAAAUAUAAGCUACCCAACCGCAAGUUCAUGGACCGCAGAGUUUAGCGCUGUCUGAAGAAAAAGCUAUCAGUGUUUUAAGGAAGAUUCUCAAGUAUUUAUUUUAAUCAAACGGUCUGCAUUGGAGUUAUUACCAGAGGAUCUGUUGCUUUUAUGAGUGAUAUAAAACACACCCGCCACAUAAGGAUUUAAGUAACAGCUACAUCUGUAUGGUGUAACGUUAUUAUAUCUGAUUGUCGUGUUCCAACAGUUGCAGAAAUAUUAGUGUAUCUCAAUGAGAUUAUGAAUUGCUUCUCAAAGCGCUGCAGAUGAACUCUCUCUCUCUGGCAAUCUGGGCGAUUUGGUUUGAGUUGGGACUGAUGUGCCUUCAAUGGCAUUUCUGAAAACAUCUUAAUUGUGAAGUGACAGGGAGAAUCAUGACGCUGGACUCCAUCAUGGCGUGCUGUCUCAGCGAGGAGGCGAAAGAAGCGCGGCGGAUCAACGAUGAAAUCGAGCGGCAGCUCCGGAGAGACAAGAAAGAUGCCCGACGCGAGCUCAAGCUGCUGCUGCUGGGAACUGGGGAGAGUGGGAAAAGCACCUUUAUUAAACAGAUGAGAAUCAUCCAUGGCUCAGGCUAUUCAGAAGAGGACAGAAGAGGCUUUACCAAGCUGGUCUACCAAAACAUCUUCACGUCUUCACAGUCCAUGAUACGAGCAAUGGACACUCUCCAGAUUCUUUAUAAAUAUGAACAUAAUAAGACCAAUGCAAACAUUGUCAGAGAAGUGGAUGUAGAGAAAGUCUUCUUGUUCGUUAACCCCUAUGUAGAUGCCAUCAAGAGUUUAUGGAAUGACCCAGGAAUUCAGGAGUGCUAUGACCGGAGGAGAGAAUACCAGCUCUCAGAUUCCACAAAAUAUUAUCUAAAUUCAUUGGAUCGCAUUGCCAACCCUUCCUACAUUCCCACCCAGCAAGAUGUGCUCAGGGUGAGAGUGCCCACAACAGGCAUCAUUGAAUACCCCUUCGACCUACAAAGCGUCAUAUUCAGGAUGGUGGAUGUCGGGGGUCAGCGGUCAGAAAGGCGAAAGUGGAUCCACUGCUUUGAAAAUGUCACCUCUAUCAUGUUCCUGGUAGCACUCAGUGAAUAUGACCAAGUUCUUGUCGAGUCUGACAAUGAGAAUCGAAUGGAAGAAAGCAAAGCAUUGUUUAGGACGAUAAUAACAUACCCCUGGUUUCAGAAUUCAUCUGUUAUUCUUUUUCUGAACAAGAAAGACCUUUUGGAAGAGAAAAUAAUGUUUUCACAUCUUGUAGAUUACUUUCCCGAAUAUGAUGGACCUCAGAGAGAUGCUCAAGCUGCACGGGAGUUCAUCCUGAAGAUGUUUGUCGACCUGAAUCCAGACUCAGAGAAAAUCAUUUAUUCUCAUUUCACAUGUGCCACUGACACGGAAAACAUUCGAUUUGUGUUUGCUGCUGUCAAAGACACAAUCUUGCAGCUCACACUCAAAGAAUACAAUCUGGUCUGAAAAAAGGCCGCUCUGGUUUUUUCAUCAUUUUGCCUGGUUAAAGGCACUCAUCGGUUAGUGAGGAGAGCAUUUAAAAUCUGCUUUUAUUGUUCAUGCAGUUUGUCCUCCCCGAUUAUGCUCAAUGAAAUUGGACACACAAGUUUUUUCUAUUUAAGAACUGUAACAAUCUGCUCAUGACUGCUGUUAUUUAUUUGCAUCUAGGAGCUUCUUAAUGAGGUUCAGUUUAAAUGUUGUUAUAUCACUUUAAUGAAAACAAAUAUUGAGCAUAUUAUCACAGAUUAAAUAAGUAUGCUAUAAUUAGUUUUUUUAUUAUUAUUUUCAGGUUGUACGCAUUGAACUACUUGCUAUAAAUGUUACGUAGAGUUCUCUAUUUUGGGUAUAUUAAUGAUUCUGUGUGGUGAGGUUAUUAGAUAGCAAUGAAAGUACUUCUUUGACUUUUAAAAGGAAAAUAUCAUGUUAUAGUUUCAGAGUAAGCUUAGUAGAGUAGGAUCUGUUUUACAUUUCACCAAACAUGCUUAGGGGAAUAAUACACAGCAAGAUUACAUUAGCAUAUACAUUAAAAGUGCCAAAGUUCUUCUAAUAUGGUGGUUUAUUGUAUCACCAAAUUAUAAUAGCUAUAAAUGUGGUAUAGUGGUACCACAGGCGAUAAGCUGACGCUGCCAGUUACCCCUAUACCAUACAAGCUUUUUUUUCUUCAGAAACAUGCUGUUUAUGAUCCAUUAAAUAUCAUCAGUGUUCUUCAACAUCAAGCCUGAACGAUGUGCCAAUAGAGUCGAUUCCUGUGCAGUCCUUUUUAUCUUAAACUACAAAUGUGCCCUUUAGAUAUUUUCUGCAACAGUUGCUUUUUUAUAUAUAAAUUACCCAACACAUGUCUCUGUGAGCAAAUGAUGCUCUUUUUUUGUACUCACCUGACCGUGUUAUUAGUAUUGUGUAUUCAAGCUUUGGUCAGUAUGUGCAGUUGUUUUUAAAGACAGUGGGAUUUGUAAAGAGUAUCAUGUGAUUUGAUGCGUGUCAAAGAAAUGAAAGUUUUGUGUUCAGUCAAGAGUAAAGGACCAAACUGCUGUUGCCUUUUCUUGCUGCUUUUUUGGCUUAAAUUAAAGCUCUUAGUAAUGUAGUUAAUAAAGCAGGUAAAAUAAG